AUGAGUGGUCAAUAUCGUCUAACAUGUCUGGGAGGAGGUAAUCUUGAUAAACUACCGGGAGGAGGUAAUCUGGACAAAUUACUGGGAGGAGGUAAUCUGGACAAAUCACUGGGAGGAGGUAAUCUUAAUGAAUUACUGGGAGGAGGUAAUCUUGACAAAUUAUUGGGAGGAGGUUAUCCAGACAAAUUACUGGGAGGAGUUUAUCCAGACAAAUUACUGGGAGGAGGUAAUCUGGACAAAUUACUGGGAGGAGAUAAUCUGGACAAAUUACUUGGAGGAGGUAAUCUGGACAAAUUACUGGAAGGAGAUAAUCUGGACAAAUUACUUGGAGGAGGUAAUCUUGAUAAAUUACUGGGAGGAGGUAAUCUGGACAAAUUACUGGGAGGAGGUAAUCUUGAUAAAUUACCGGGAGGAGGUAAUCUGGACAAAUUACUGGGAAGAGGUAAUCUUGAUAAAUUACUGGGAGGAGGUAAUCUGGACAAUAUACUGGGAGAAGGUAAUCUUGAUAAAUUACUGGGAGGAGGUAAUCUGGACAAAUUACUGGGAGGAGGUAAUCUGGACAAAUUACUUUGA